GGCAAGAUGGCAGCGGACACGCAGGUUUCAGACGCACUGAAGAAAUUUGCUUUCAAAGUGACAACAGCCAGUGUUAAAGAGCGGAAGGAGGUACUGGGAGAGCUGAAGCAAUGUAUAAGUGGCAAAGAAUUACCAGAGCCAGCUAUCAAAGGACUUUGCAAGCUUUUCUGUCUCACUCCACACAGAUAUAGGGAUGCUGCAUCUCGGAGAGAACUCCUCUCAGUCAUUGCUCUGCUUGCUGAAAAUCAACCCGAUAUCCUUGCUACCAGCCUCCUCCACUGCCUUCUCACCAGUGGAAUCAUCAACAAAAAUGGAGAGCCAAGUAAGAGUACAGGCUCUGCAGCCUUCACCGGUUUGUCUUGGACCUGCCUUUUAGUCCGCACCUCCUUCUCCACUCCGGAGAAAAGAGAGGGAUCCAUCUGGAAGAAAAUGGUGGAGGUGCAGAGUCUACUGGUGGCUGAGUUGGUAGGGGGGGCUCAAACCAAAACUGUUAAGUCGGGCCUGAAGAAUCUCUGCCACCUCUGGAAGAAUAACCCUGGACUUGUAGACCAGUAUAUCAGCACACUAUUGAGUCUAGACCAGAGCCCUACUCCUCUUGUGAUGCUAGGAGUGUGUCUUGACUUCUGUUCAGGACAGAAAGACAUGGCUACCAUUGGGAAGCAUAAGAGUGCCUUGCUGGACCUUUAUGUGAAAUUGGUCCUGAUGAGCAAGACAAAGCCACACCAACACAUAUUAGACAAAAGUGGCUCCUUACUGCGCCAUGUCUCCCACUCCGAAUUCAAGGAACUGCUCCUUCCUACCCUGCAGAAGACCAUGCUCCGAAGCCCCGAGAAUGCUAUUCAGACUGUUUCCUGCUUAUUGUCAUCAGUGACCCUCGACAUAAGUCAGUAUGCCAUGGAUAUUGGGAAGGCGAUAGCAAGCCAGCUGAAAGCUAACAACCCUCAGCUGAUGGAGCAGGCAGUUCAAGCCAUGCAGAAUCUGAUCCAGCAGUGCAGUGACCCUGCUGCUGUGCAGGAUGUUGUCACACACCUUUUCAAGAUUCUUGGAGGAUCAGAAGGAAAACUCACAGUUGUUGCCCAAAAGAUGAGCGUGUUGUCAGGGAUUGCCAGUUGCAGUCAUCAUGCCGUGUCGGGAACCUCCAGCCAAACUCUCAGCUCUGCUGUCGUGGUGAUGUUCAUUCCUUAUCUACAACAAGAAGUCCAUGAGGGGACCUUGGUGCACGCUGUGUCAAUGCUGUCUCAGUGGAGUGGACGUUUUACUACAGAAGUCCCCACUGCUCUACUGGACUGGCUUAAGAAAGCCUUCACCCUCAAGACCUCCACUUCAGCUGUCAGACAUGCCUACUUGCAGGUCAUGCUGGGUGCUUUCAAAGGUGACACAGUUGCACAGGCAUCCGAGCUGGUGCCCCUGCUCCUCCAAGCAGUAGAGAAGGCUGCAGCCCAGAACUCUCAGCAUGCUUUGCUUGCAGAAGGUGUGGCAGCUUCUGUUCUCCUGUGUCGACUGGCUCUGCUGGAGACACAGACAGAAGCUAAAUUCACUAACUUUUGGAACCUGGUCUUGGAUGAGAAGAAGCCACUCUUUACCACAGAAAAGUUCCUGUCCCAAGCCAAUGAAGAAACUCUUUGUACAGUACUGCUACUGUGUGAGAGGCUCUGCUUGGACCAUGCGCAUAGGUUUAACACCAGCAAAGCUCAGAUGUACCACCGUGCCACGGUUGCAGUGCUGUUGUCUCGUGUGUGGCGUGUGCGUAAACGUGCACAACAGUGUGUCAGGAAGUUGCUCUCCUCUUUAGGUGGAUCCAGUUUUGCUCACGGUCUCCUCAGGGAACUCCGUGUUGUCAUCAACAAACACAAAGUGUUGCCUCAGGAGGUGCUGGUGUCAGAGUCAGGAGAGCUGACAGAGGUAGGCCGCAGCUACGCUCCCCCUCGUGCACUGCUGGAGGCGCUGUGUGUGAUCUGCUCUGUUGCCAAGCAGUGGGAUGACCCAGCCGAGGCUCAAAACAUGGCAAUGGAGAUCCUCAUUGUCACUCAUCACCCUUCCGUUGUUAAAGCUCGUCCUGGCCUCUGGCCCAUACUGUUGUCCAUCAUGAACAUCAGGGCUGAGGACUUUAUAGAAAAAAACCUGGAGAGAAUUCUACCACUCUUACUAGAGAUCAACACUGACAACCAGGCGGUGAAGAACGCAGUUGGUGCGCUGUCUGCUCUCUCCCCCACCAAGCUGUUGCCACGGGUGAUGGAGCAUGUGACGGAGUGGCUGUCCCGCCUUGCUCUACGUCAGGUCACCAGAGAGGAGUAUGCCAUCAUGCUCGUCCCUGAGGGAGAGCUCUAUGACAAGAGCAUCAUUCAGAGUGCCCAACAGGAAAGCACCAAGAAAGGCAACAUGAAGAGAGAGAACAAGGCAUACUCUUACAAGGAGCAGAUAAUUGAGCUGGAGCUACAGGAGGAGCUAAAAAAGAAGAAAGGCAUCAAAGAUGAAGUCCAGCUAACCACCAAACAAAAGGAGAUGAUUCAAAGCCAACUUGAAAAGGAGGCUGCCAUUCGCAAGAGACUUCAAGGGCUGGACAUGGAGUUGCAAGUUGUGGUAGGCCUGCUGGAGGCAGUUCUGAUUGAGAGACCACCUCAGAUCUCCUGGCACCUCCCUGCCGUCCUUCAGGUCCUGAUGCCCCUCCUACACUCCCCGAUGGCUGCUCCACGCCUCAAACAAGUCUUCUUGGACACUGGAGUUUGCCUGAUGCCCAAACACCUACACUAUCUUGCUGAGCUAGUGGGUCAUGUGACAUUGCGACUGCUGAAACCUGAGUGUGAUCUGGAUGAAGCCUGGGGAGAGGAGGACCUGGACACAGCCACACAACGCACUGUUCUGCUGCUGCAUAAUCACACCGUCCCACACAGAGAGGGCAAGACUGGUGACACUGCUUCACUGUCUGCACCAGCGUUCUGUUUCUGCUUCCCCCUCCUCAACGCCAUGCUCAGGGAUUCCUCAGGCAGUACCGAGGAGACUGAGAGCAUGAUGACCAAAGCCUUGCAAGUCGUUAAUGAACACACCCAGCUUCGAGCUCAAGCAGACAGCACAAAUAUGCUUAUAGAUGAGAAUGGCCCGGAGCUGCUUCCACGUGUUGGCAUGCUGUUUCUACUGACCAGGAUAAUCUCCACAGCAAUGCCCAGACUUCAGGUGCUGGCAUCCCAAUGUCUGACAGCGCUGUGUGCCAGUGCUGGGGGAGGGGAAGGCUGUACCGUGGCAGAGCAGGGAGAAAUAGAUGUCCUACUGGAUGCUCUUCUCUCCCCCUGCUUCUCUGUGCGCGAUGCUGCUCUCAGAGGCCUGUUGGAAAUGGAGUUUGCCCUGCCCACAGACAGUGCAGAGGCCAGUGGGCUGAGCUUACUGCGCAGACUGUGGGUUUCCAGGUUUGACGUUGAGGAGGAGGGCCGAGCUCUGGCUGAGAAGCUCUGGCAGUCUCUGUGCCUGGAGCUGGUUCCUGACCUCUGCUCUCUGCUGAUUGGAGAUGUCACCCACCAUGAGGAGGCUGUCCGCUUGGCUAGUGCUGAGGCGCUGUCCAGUGCCGUGUCGGAGUACAGAGACCAGUCUGCUGUGGUCCUUGGCCAGCUCACUGAGCUCUACCACCAGAAGCUCUUUAGGCCACCUCCUGUGCUGGAUGCCCUGGGCAGAGUCAUUUCUGAAUCUCCGCCUGACCAAUGGGAAGCCAGGUGUGGUAUUGCGCUUGCUCUAAACAAGCUGUCCCAGUACCUCGAUGAAUCUCAGGUCACUCCUCUCUUCCUCUUCUUUGUUCCUGAUGCUCUGAAUGACCGUCACGCUGAGGUGCGACGCUGCAUGCUGGACGCUGCUCUCUCUGCUCUCAACACACAUGGAAAGGACAACGUGAGCUCCCUGCUACCAGUGUUUGAGGAGUUUCUGAAGAGUGCCCCCCAAGAUGCUAGCUACGACUCUGUCCGUCAGAGUGUGGUCAUCCUAAUGGGCUCCUUGGCCAAACAUCUGGACAAAAGUGACCCCAAGGUCAAACCCAUUAUGGCUAAACUCAUCACCGCACUCUCCACACCUUCACAACAGGUCCAGGAGUCUGUUGCCAGCUGCUUGCCCCCGCUGGUCCCUGCCAUCAAGGAGGAUGCUGCUGGGAUUGUACGGAAUCUCCUGCAGCUGCUCCUGGAGAGCGACAAGUAUGCUGAGAGGAAGGGAGCUGCCUACGGGUUGGCUGGUUUGGUCAAAGGCCUGGGCAUCCUGGCCCUCAAACAGCAAGACAUCAUGACCACACUGACUGACGCCAUCCAAGACAAGAAGAACUUUAGACGGAGGGAAGGUGCUCUGUUUGCGUUUGAGAUGCUGUGUAACAUGUUAGGGAAGCUGUUUGAGCCCUACGUGGUCCAUGUACUGCCCCACCUCCUGCUCUGCUUUGGGGAUGGUAACCAGUAUGUUCGAGAGGCUGCUGAUGACUGUGCCAAGGCUGUGAUGAGAAACCUGAGUGCCCAUGGAGUGAAGCUGGUGCUGCCCUCUCUGCUGGUGGCCCUGGAGGAAGAGUCCUGGAGGACCAAAGCAGGUUCUGUGGAGCUGCUGGGUGCCAUGGCGUACUGUGCUCCCAAGCAGCUAUCGUCCUGCCUUCCUAGCAUUGUACCCAAGCUGACUGAGGUGCUGACUGACUCUCAUGUAAAGGUGCAGAAGGCAGGCCAGCAGGCCCUCCGACAGAUUGGCUCUGUCAUCCGCAACCCAGAGAUCCUCGCCAUUACCCCCAUCCUGUUGGAUGCCCUCACUGACCCGUCCAGGAAAACACAGAACUGCCUGCAGACACUGCUGGACACCAAGUUUGUCCACUUCAUCGAUGCGCCUUCGCUAGCCCUCAUCAUGCCCAUUGUUCAGAGAGCUUUCCUAGACCGCUCUACUGACACCCGUAAGAUGGCUGCCCAAAUCAUCGGCAACAUGUACUCCCUCACUGACCAGAAGGACCUGUCUCCAUACCUUCCUAGUGUUAUUCCUGGACUCAAGGCCUCUCUGCUGGACCCAGUGCCUGAGGUGCGUACAGUCUCAGCUAAGGCCCUGGGUGCCAUGGUGAAGGGCAUGGGAGAAUCCUGCUUUGAUGAUCUGCUACCUUGGCUCAUGGACACACUGGCAUCUGAGCAAAGCUCUGUAGACCGGUCUGGAGCAGCCCAAGGUCUGGCCGAGGUGAUGGCUGGCCUGGGUGUGGAGAAACUGGAGAAGCUCAUGCCAGAUGUGGUGCAGACUGCAAGCAAGGUUGACAUUGCCUCCCACGUCAGAGAUGGUUACAUCAUGAUGUUCAUCUACCUGCCCCUUACCUUUGGGGACAAGUUUACCCCCUAUGUUGGGCCCAUCAUCCCCUGUAUCCUCAAGGCGUUGGCUGAUGAAAAUGAGUAUGUGAGGGAUACAGCAUUGCGUGCAGGCCAACGCAUCAUCAGCAUGUAUGCUGAGACCGCCAUCGCCCUGCUGCUUCCUGAGUUGGAACAGGGCCUGUUUGACGACUUGUGGAGAAUCAGAUUCAGCUCCGUGCAGCUGCUGGGAGACCUGCUCUUCCAUAUUUCUGGAGUGACAGGAAAGAUGACCACAGAGACGGCUUCAGAAGAUGACAACUUUGGCACAGCAGCAUCUAAUAAGGCGAUCAUCGGGGCUCUUGGUGCUGAACGGCGUAACCGCGUCCUUUCUGGCCUUUACAUGGGUCGCUCAGAUACUCAGCUGGUGGUGCGGCAGGCAUCCCUCCAUGUGUGGAAGAUCGUGGUGUCCAACACUCCCCGGACCCUCCGAGAGAUUCUGCCCACCCUGUUCACCCUGCUGCUGGGCUUCCUGGCCUCCACCUGUCCUGACAAGAGAACGAUCGCAGCCCGGACUCUGGGUGACCUGGUAAGGAAACUUGGAGAGAAGAUUCUCCCAGAGAUUAUCCCCAUCCUGGAAGAGGGACUGCGCUCAGACAAGAGUGAUGAGAGACAGGGCGUGUGCAUUGGCCUGAGCGAGAUCAUGAAGUCUACCAGCAAGGAUGCGGUGUUGGUGUUCUCAGAGUCCCUGGUCCCCACUGUGAGGAAGGCGCUAUGUGACCCACUGGAGGAGGUACGAGAGGCUGCAGCCAAAACCUUUGAGCAGCUCCACACUACCAUUGGUCACCAGGCGCUGGAUGACAUUCUGCCUGCCCUGCUCAAACAGCUGGAUGAUGAAGAGACAGCUGAGUUUGCCUUGGAUGGCUUGAAGCAAGUUAUGGCAGUGAAGAGCCGAUCCGUGCUGCCUUACUUGGUACCAAAGCUGACUGCCCCUCCUGUGAACACAUGUGUGCUAGCUUUCCUAUCUGCCGUGGCUGGAGAUGCUCUGACACGCCACCUGGGAGUCAUUCUUCCUGCCCUACUCUCCUCCCUCAAAGGGAAGCUGGAGUCAGAGGAUGGGCCACAGGAGCUGUGCAACUGUCAAACAGUGAUCCUAUCUGUGGAGGAUGAAGUAGGUCAGCGCAUCAUCAUUGAGGACCUGUUAGAGGCCACGCGGGGCCCAGACCCAGGCUUAAGACAGGCUGCCGUUACCAUCCUCAAUGGCUAUUUCGCCCGCACUCGUCUGGACUACAGCGGACACACACGUACCUUGCUGUCAGGCCUCAUCCGCCUGCUCAACGACUCCAACCCUGAGGUCCUGGUGCAAAGUUGGGACACCAUCAACUCCAUCACUAAGAAACUAGAUGCAAGCAGCCAGCUGGCUCUGAUUGAUGACCUGCACAGAGACAUCCGAUCAGCAGCUGCAGAUGUCAAGGGCCAGCACCUACCUGGUUUCUGUCUACCUAAGAAGGGUGUGACCUGUAUUCUGCCUGUCCUGAGAGAAGGUGUGCUGACUGGCAGCCCUGAGCAAAAAGAGGAGGCAGCCAAGGCGCUGGGAGGUGUCAUCAGACUGACCUCCCCCGAGGCCCUGCGACCGUCAGUGGUCAACAUCACUGGACCGCUCAUUCGAAUCCUUGGAGACCGCUUUGCUUGGACAGUGAAGACUGCUCUGCUAGAGACACUCACCCUGCUGCUAGCAAAGGUGGGCAUUGCCUUGAAGCCCUUCCUGCCCCAGCUGCAAACCACCUUCUUGAAGGCCCUCCAGGACUCCAGUCGUGCAGUGAGGUUGAGGGCUGCUGAGGCCCUUGGCCAGCUGGUCUCCAUCCACACCAAAGUGGACCCUCUCUUCACUGAGCAGUUCACUGCUAUCCGCAAUGCUGAGGACUCCGGAGUCAGGGAGACUAUGCUCCAAGCAUUAAGGUUUGUCAUCCAGGGGGCCGGAUCAAAGGUUGACCCAACCAUCCGCAAGAACAUCACCACCACGCUACUUAGCAUGCUGGGACAUGAUGAGGAUGCGACACGCAUGUCCUCAGCUGGCUGUGUUGGUGAGCUGUGUGCCUUCCUGUCAGAGGAGGAGCUGAGGACUGUGUUGCAUCAGCACAUAUUGGCGGACAUUUCUGGGGUGGACUGGAUGGUGCGGCAUGGUCGCAGCCUGGCUUUGGCCAUAGCAGUAAAGUCUGCUCCCGAGCAGCUGUGUAUGGAAGAAUACAGUGACUUGGUGGCAGAGACCAUCCUAGCCAAUGCCACUGCUGACAGGAUCCCAAUUGCUACCAGUGGGAUCAGAGCUGUGGGCUAUCUUAUGCGGCAUCAUCUCAGAACACAGGGGGGCAGCGGUGUAUCCCAGCGUGUCAUCACUCAGUUUGUCAAGUGUCUUCAGAAUCAGUCUAGUGACAUCAGACUGGUGUCAGAACGUGUGUUGUGGUGGGUGUUCAGAGAUCCAGCCACACCCUCCAUGGAGACAAGCCUUAUCAAACCCCUGCUGAAGAGUCUGUUGGACAACACCAAGGAUAAGAACACCAGCGUUAGAGCCCAGAGUGAACACACCAUUGUCAACGUUCUUCGACUGCGCCAGGGAGAGGAGACCAUGCAGAGUGUUACCACCAUCCUGGAUGCUGCAAGUAAUGACCUCCUCUCUGAAUGUCACCGCCGAUCUUUGAAGAAGAUAGCUAGCCUCCCAGAUUCCAAUGAGGAAAUAGAUGACACCAUCCUAACGUGAUUAGACAGGACUGAUCCAUGCUUAUGUGUUAAGACCCCCACAGCAAUCAAGGAAAGCUUGACUGAUAUAUCAUACAAAUUAAUACUCCGUUGUAUGAGACACACCCUCAUCACACAUACAUAUUUUGCCAUUCACGGACCAAGGAAGCGUUGGAUAGUGUAUGGACUGGCUUUCCUUCAUGUUUCGCUCCAAAAUAUUUUCCUCAAUUUUUUUCCCGUUACUGUGUUAAUGGCCUGUGACCCCACAUCAGCUUUUAAUUCAUCCCAGUGUGCAAGUUACCAUGUUCAUUAAACUUGCUACUGUCAGAAAAAAACAUAAGGCCAAUUCUAUUUUGAAAUCUAAAUGUAUUUUCAUUGUAAUCCUUAUUUUACUGAAAUAAUUUACCAUCAACAGUGCCACUGUAAUUGAAGGUUAACGGCCGCUCUAGGUUUUCUUUGGACUUGUCUGAGUUGUUUGGGCAGAACAACCUCAUAUAAGAAUAAGAUGAUAUUCUUAUAGUUGUAUGGUGAUAACAAGGCAAUAUGAAUAAAAAAUAUUGACUUGA